AGACCAGUUUAUCGUAAGACUCAUACGAGAACGCAACAUUUCUACGCUGAACUAGUUAUCGCUUCGAGUCAAAGAAAUAUCAGCCAUGAAGUUAAGGACAACCCUCUUUCUUUUCUUGCUGGUAUCACUAUUACUGAUUGAGGAUGCUGAAGCGGGUUGGAAAUUCUGGAAGAAAAAGAAAGACGAGGAAACUACCACGACAACCACGACGACCACAACAACGACCACGACGGUUGCUCCGGUAGCUUUAAAAACAACUCCUGCUCCGCCUCCAAGAGGAUCGGCGGUCAACGUUAAUAAAGCUUUAGCAGGAGCAGCAGAUCCUGGCCUGGUAAUUGGAGCUGGAACGGUCGGCUCCAACGCCAGGACUCCUCAGAAUCGCAAACCGAAUCCAGGAACUGAGGUGGGGCUUGAAUUUCCUGGUUCAAAACCGGCAAAGCCUGGAACUGGAGGGGCCAAUGGUCAAGGUUACAGGGACUGGGCAGCAGGACUAACCGGUGCUGGCGAUCCUGCGAGGCAGCCUCCAAAACUUCCGGCUCAGGGCCCUGCAUUCACUCCCGGAAGUCCUCAGGCACCUUCUCCAGGUCCUGGCAGGCCUGCAUCUCCCGCCAUUGGAGUCCAGCCUAAUGCCGGAAAUCGCAGCCCUCCACCUUUAGGACCGCGGCCGGAAUCUCCAACUGGAGGUGCCCCAGGCCAACAAGGACAGAGGCCUCCAGGAUCGCCCGUUUCGGGACCACCGUCACCUGUCUCCGGACCACCAUCACCUCUGCCAGGACCUCAACAGGGUCCAGGCAAUGCUCCCAACCAGGGCAGGCCCCAACCCGGAAGUCCUCAGCAAGGGACGAGACCAGAUUUUCCUAAUCUUCCCUCGGGAACCACUGGGCAAAACAUAGCAGGAGCACCAGGAGUUGCUCCAGGAAAUGCUUUUCCGGCUGGAGGGAAAAGUUGGGCCGAGGUAGCCUCCGGUGAUAGCAGACCAGGGUCACCUACUCCUUCGCCAAGAGGUGGUCCCCAACCAGCUAUUGGAGUUUCGGGUGGCCAAAACAGACCUGCAUCCCAACCUAGUCAACCAGGAUCCCCUAGCUUAGGUCAGCCGCAAAGGGGACAACCCACCACAGCAAAACCAGUAAUAGGUCCAGCAACAGGUCUAGCUGCUGGAGCUGCAGCAGGAGCCGUUGCCGGGGCCGUUGCUGGAUCCACAGGAGGCAAGGUAUACUCUAGCAACCCGACUUACAGCAAGGGCAACACCGUCACCGAUGAAGACUUGGAGAAACUCUCUGAAUCACUGUUCAUCAAGGACGUCAACAACGCCAAAAAGCACAUCACGGUUAACCUGCAGAAACAGACCACCGGCAACAGUCCCACCGACGAAGCUCCAUUGCCAUUGCUGGACGUGAAGCCAGAGGCUCUGCAGAGUCCCACGAUACAGAGUGUACUCGCGAUUUACGACAAUUACCAGCUCGACUCCCGUGUCAAUGAGUACAUCAGUCCAGCACAGCGACAGGAGGAGAGUCACCUGGUUGACACCUUUUUAAGCACCAACGUCAUGUCCGCUGCGAUGAGGUUCCUCGCCGACAAGGGAUUCAUUCGUAAGGACUAUUACGAGUACAAGGAUACCUUGAGGAGAAUGUGGUUUAACCUGUUCUCCAGAGGAGAGGGGAAAAUCGGGAGCUCAGGGUUCGAGCAUGUUUUCAUGAGCGAAUUGAAACUCGGCACCGAAGUCUCCGGACUCCAUAACUGGAUAUACUUCAACGCCGAGGAAGUAAAGAAGAGGGCCGACUACCUUGGAUACGUAAAGAAGGUCGACCUGGGCGACAAAGCCUCGAUAGUAAAGCUGCAUGCGAAGUUCAAUGGGAUCGACAAGCCGGUCACGUCGAUGUUCAUCGGAACUUCUCCCGAACUUGAAAUGUCCCUUUACACCGUAUGUUUCUUCGUAAGGCAGGACAAGGCUUGCCCAGUUUCCCUGGGGGGAACUAAAUUUAACAUCAUGACACAUAAGUUCAGAUACAGGGGGAAGGAUUUGAUCGGGUCGGCUUACCCCGACAUAUAGGUGCUAUUUAAGAAAGAAAAUAUAAGAACUGAUGCUUUGUAAAGGUUCCUUUAGGAAGUUGCCGAUAUAACCGAGCGACUUGACCGAUGUCAUGACACAGACCUCUCUAUUUGUCUCAACGGAUGUAUAUAAUAAUUGUGAGAAAAAUCUGUCGAUGCUUUUAUCAUGGGACCAAUGGUUGGUGUACCAAUAAAUAAAAUUUUUCGGAAAGAAAA